AUGUCUGGCGCCGGCGCCGGCGGUGACGCCACCCUCUUCGAGGAGAGCUUCACCAUUACCGACUUUGACCAGUCCAAGUACGACCGCGUGGCGCGCAUCUCGUGCACUUCGAGUGACUCGCAGACCGUCAUGGUCCUCGACAUCAACACGGAGCUUUUCCCCUGCGCCGAGUCCGACUCGCUGCACGUGGUCCUUAGUACCACGCUCUCGCCCGACGGCGUCCGCGACGACGACAAGGGCUGGCGCGACGUGGGUAAAGGCGGCGAUGCGCCGGCCACGCUCGCGGAUCUGUACGACUACGUUUGCUACGGCAAGAUUUACAAGUUUGAGGAGACGUUUGACGGCGCGACAAUCAAUGCAUAUGUUUCUUUUGGGGGUCUGCUCAUGUCGCUACAGGGCCCUGUCAAGAAGCUCACUCCUCUGCGAGUCGACAAUGUGUAUCUGUUGAUCAAGAAAUAA